GACACACUGUUGUGCUCUCCAGACAGAGGGGGAGGAAAAGGAGGACGGAGGAGGACAAGAGGUACAGGCACAUUGCCCCAGAUGAAUCACAGUGAGGAAGUCAUGCUUUGAGUGAUACAUACAUUUUUGACCUGAUGUUCUGUCUGGACUUCUGCCUGUCUGUUUGGAGUGCAUCCAUCCUUUGGAUCCUGUUUGCAUCGGUAGAAGCUGCGGAUGUUGGCUGAAAGACAACAUGAUCGACUAUAAGCGUCCCUCUCCAUUAGGCUUCGGGACGGCUGGGAGGAGUGCGCUGGUUCCUGAGCUCCCAGCACACAUACAUACACACACGCUGACGGCCAUGCCUCAGAGAUACUCCCACCAGAAGAGGAAAGCCAGCACAGCGGCUGCCCGGAGGAUGGAGAGGAGACGCAGGGACCAGGGGAAAAACAGCAACAACAACCCAAACUGCAGCCACAACCACCAUUCGAAGAAGCUGGCCAUGCUCUCCAGGUCCCUCAUCCUGUGUCACUCUAAGACGAAUGAUGACAGUCCAGAAGACAGGCAUGCUGGAGAAGUGUCAGAUGGGUGCAGGGCAUGGCGUUCAGGCUGGGAGACAGAUGUGACUGCUGGGGAUAAAAUUCAGUACAGAGAUGCAGAGAACACACACUGGGGGACAACCCGGCAAACAACCGUGGAAAAAAGAGGAGGCAUUGAGGCAGAUAACCACACGCGUCAUACCCCCACACUCAGGGAGAAUAAACGGAGCAUAAGGAGGACCUUCAGCAUCAAGGAGAGUAGUAUCUGGAGGAUGUGUGUAACCACAGGGCCCGCUGAGGAGGUGUGUGGACCACAAAUGGCUGAUAACAGCGUCCAGACAGAAGACAAAGACAUUAAUGUGGAGCCAGGGAGGACUGGGGGGGACCUACACAGAGGCUGCAGCUUCCUGAGCCCAGACAAGCAGGCACCCUUUAACGGACAGUUUCUAAACGGCAGUGCUGGGUUGGCAGGGGAGGGAAUGAGGAGCAUUCACAUUAAAGCCUAUAGUGAGGACAUUUCCACAUGUGAAGACACUCUCCAUUUGCACAGUCUGACUACAAGUACAAAGCAUCAAGCUCUCAUCUCCCCAUCCGAUCCUCUAUCACUGGCUGGAUACACAGAAGAAGUUAUGGCUAAUAACAACCACCUCAAGUUACCCAUCCCAGAGGUGAAUGAGGAGAGGUGCUGGGAAACGGAGAAGACUGGGCAGAGCCCACCAGGACAGCCGGCCAACAAUAGGACACGCUCCAAUUCCACCAGUGUUCAUCCUUACUGGAUUGGGGAUCUGGACAGCAUCAUCAUGAAGACUCCAGGGCUGUAUACAAGUCAUCCUCAGGGGAAUGGUGGUUUAUACGGAAACAGGAAGUCCCUGUCCCAGCAGCUGGAGCUUCCUCACACCACCACACAACCUGUGCACCGUCCCUCACGCUCUCUCAGCUCUGCCCAGCUGGUACACUCCUGCAGCAACAUGCAAGCCUUCAUAAUCUGUAAUAUUGUGCUAAUGAAAGGCCAUGGCAAGGGUCUGGGCUUCAGUAUAGUGGGAGGGAGAGACAGCAUGUAUGGACCAAUGGGGAUCUAUGUCAAGACCAUUUUCCCUGGAGGGGCAGCAGCUGCUGAUGGAAGGCUGCAAGAGGGUGAUGAGAUCCUGGAGCUGAAUGGAGAGUCACUACACGGUCUGACUCAUGAUGAAGCUCUGCACAGCUUCAAACAAAUCAAAAAGGGCCUGCUGACUCUGGUGGUGAGAACCAGCCUGCGUGUGGGGGCACUGUGUGGGCAGUUACAGGUAGCUCAGCUAUGCAGGUCACGUUCCCUCAGCUCCACUACAGCCAUGGCCAGGGUCAGUGCUGACAUGGGAGACUACAACUACCUGAACAACACCUGCAGUAACACACGGAGCGUCCCUGGCCGACCUGCUAAACCCAGAGACCGCAUCAUGAUGGAGAUCAUCCUGCAAAAAGAGGCUGGUGUCGGUCUGGGUAUUGGACUGUGCUGUGUUCCGUCUGGUGACGGAUGCCCUUCGAUCUACAUCCACACCCUCUCUCCUGGAUCUGUAGCACACAUGGAUGGUAGACUACAGUGUGGGGAUGAGAUCAUUGAGAUCAACGACACUGUGGUUUACAAUAUGGCGCUGAAUGACGUCUACACAGUCCUGAGCCGAUGCACACCAGGUCCAGUCCACAUCAUCAUCAGUCGACACCCUGACCCCAAAGUAUCAGAGCAGCAGCUGAAUGAUGCUAUCACUCAGGCAGUGGAAAACAGCAAACUGAAAAAGGAUAAGAGCCAGUGGAGUAUUGAGGGGCUGCGUAGACUGGAGUCUUGCUCUCACAGUCGGCAGAGAUGUGAGUAUUGUCUGGAGAAGAGUUUUAGUCAGCUGAUGGUUCGACGAGCACAGAAGACCAUGAGCCGCUCCUGCAGCGACAACACCAACAGCCCCCAACACAACCACUGCCUCACCAUCCACAACCACCACAACAAACAGCAUAACCCAUCAGGCCGUGUGCACAGUCUAGACACACCCAAGUCUAUGACAGAGACAUGGUCUGACAACAGACUGUCCGUGCCCGUGUAUCCUGAUGAAGACUACAAUGUCCCUUACAAUUCUGCUGCUGUAAACCUGUCCAGUCACCAGAACCUGGAUUUGGCCUUCAGGGGCAGCAAGUCCACCUACAGGGUGCGUGCUGCUCCACAUCAGUACUGCUGGCCUCAGGAUGUGGCCAGUGAGGAGGGUUAUAAUGGAGACUCCAGCGGCUCCAGUAGAGGAUCCCCAGUUAGAGAUGAAGGACUGGAUCCCUCAUCAUACACCAGCUGCCAGCAGGAAGGAGAACGAAUUAGAGAAGAGUCAGAGGGGAGCAAAGAAGAUUUUAUUCAUCCAGACUCUGCAGCCUGCACCAACAGACUACACACAGACGAUUCAUCAGCUGUGCUCUGCUCACAGCCAAAGAGAGGAGCUCUGAGGAGACAGGCUUGUAUUGACCAACAUUCUCAAGAGCAGCUUCAAGAUCCUUGGGUUCGCCUUUCAGACAGCUCCCCUGAAGAGCUGCGUGAGAUCCACCGCCAGCACGCUGCAGACAGGAACCAGCUUAUUAACGUCCACAAAAAGCCUGCCACCAUGAGUGACGAAGAUAACACGGUCCUUGAGCUCAAUGGCACAGCCACUGACGUGACUUCAGAUCCCCAAUCUGACAUGACUCCUGAAAACACAUGUGAAACUUCUCCAGGAGAGAAGAAGGCCCCUCCUGUGGCACCCAAGCCUACCUGGUUUCGCCAGAGUCUGAGGAAAAUUCGGGAUGAGCAGGACCAGAAGAAGCAAGCUAAACCCACUGAGCAAAGGCCCACUGUGGGCUUCACCAGAAGCUUUGGAGUCAGAUCUGCCUCAGCUGCAACCAACCUUUCAAUCAAACAAAAGAUUAACUCAUUUGAGACUUUUUCCACUCCAGAGGGUGGUCCAGAGAAGGGGGGCAACAGGAGACCUGUGGCCCCUUCCGCCUGCCUUCCUGUGAUGCAGAAGGAGUCCAGGAGUCACCUUGCCUCACAUGGAGAUUAUGGAAAAGGAAAAGAUGAAAUCCAAAAAGAGAUCCAGGCAAACCAGUCUGAAUCUGUUAGGGACAUAGACAACACAACUGUCUCUGCCACACCCUCUGCUUUCACCUCCUCCACUUCUGAAGCUUGUAGUCAAACAACAGUCAAGUCUUCUGAAGAUGAAUCUCCCUCCAUCCAAUCCCCCAAAGAUCUCGCACUUUCAGACACCAUCAGCACUGAUCUGGACUCAGGGAUACAUGAUUCUCACUCAGCCCUAGUCCAUGAUGACAGCAAUGUCGUUCCAUCAAAACAGGAGUUUGUGCUAGAAAGAGUGGAUCUUAGCGAGUCCACAGAGUCCAAGGUCCUACCCCCUACAACAUCUAUAAGAUCCAGUCAAGCUGAGGAGGAACAUCCUCCAGAGGGGACCGAGGAGGGUGGAGCACAGAGCCAAAAAAAGCUGCUAAGCGCGACCCUGAGUGCUGCUCCGCCCACAGAGAGUCACCCCAUGAGAGGCCUGGAGGGAGAGAGUUUAGGGAAAAUCCUCGCAUUCAGUAACCAGGUUUCACAAGCGUUGAUGCGCUCUUUACCUACGUAUCCCUGCCAUGGUAACCCAUCCUCCUCAGAACUGCAGGACACCUCUGCUGAGGAUUUCACUAACCCUCAGGAGUCUGACCCUGCCCUGGACAGCACGGAGAGAGGAUUCUCUGUCAGCUUGGCCACACUGAGGGAGUGCAGCAUUGAGCAUGGGGAGGGCCGAUCACACGACGAGGCGGCAGUCACUUCUACUCAUGCUCACUCUGUGAUCUCAGCUAUCCCUUCACAGGAAAUACAGAGGAUGAUCCAGGAAGUCAAAGCUCUUGACAAAGAGACGCUGAAGCAACUGGUGGACAUCCAUGUUGUGAUUCUGCAUAAAGAGGAGGGAGCUGGACUGGGCUUCAGCAUCGCUGGAGGGUCUGACCUGGAGAGCAAAGCUACUACAGUCCACAAAGUGUUUCCCAGUGGCCUGGCAGCUCAGGAGGGCACCAUUCAGAAAGGAGAUGAGGUGUUGUCUAUAAACGGACAAACUCUGCGUGACGUCACCCACGCUGAUGCCACUGCUGUUCUGCGUCAGGCCCGCAGUCUGAAGCUGGCAGUGGUGGUUGUCUGUAAGAGAACAGAGGAGGAAGGAACAGAGGGAGGAGACUGUGGGAGCAAAGAGCCCAACCCUGUAGUGGAGGAGCAGGGAGCUCCGGUGAGUUUGCAGCUGGAGAAAGGAGCUGGUGGAGUUGGGUUUACUCUGGAGGGAGGAAAAGGCUCAAUCCACGGAGACAGACCUUUAGUCAUCAACAGGAUCUUUACAGGUGGAGCAGCUGAGCAGAGCAGUCUGCAGUGUGGAGAUGAACUGCUGCAGGUCCAGGGAAUCAGCCUGCAGGACAUGACUCGCUUUGAGGCCUGGAACAUGAUCAAGGCUUUACCUGAAGGACCCGUCACAGCAGUCAUCAGGAGGAGGCAGGGGCCAGUAGAAUGACACACAUGGCUGCUUACAAAAAGAGAAACUAAACAAACAGCAGCACUUGCGGCACACCAAUAUUGGCCUCAAUAUCAUAGAAAUCCUAUCAGCCAGUCAUUGUGGUCUACCAUAGACAGAGUGGUUGGACAACUUCUAAAUCAUUUUUAUUAUUUUUAUAUCAAAUGUCUGACCAGAUCUAAAACCCAAGUUUUCUCACUUACCCACAGUGGUGAGUCAAUAAUCUGCAGAGCACACUGUCAGAAAGUUUACCUUCAGUAGAACAUAGUAUAAAUGUUUGUUCCAGUGGAUUAUCCUGCAUAGUGCCGUUUUUUUUUUACAGCGUAAUGGGAUCUGGCUUGUUGAAUAUAGAUAUAGAAUAGUGUCACGGGGAGACAAAGAACAAAUUUGUGCACACAAAUAAAUAAAUUAUGCUCUUAAAUUCUUAAUUGUUUUUUGAAUUACUGAAUCCGUGCUCUCAGAUUGAGGGACAUCAAACAUAACACAAUUAACCGGCAAACAGACUAUAUCCAAUCAGCAUCACAACUGUACAAAAUAAGUGUUGAGGGAACACGUUGAAAUGUUGAGACAGAACAAGUUUAAUGCCAUGUUCUGUUCAUUUGUGCAAACAAAUUGAGUUCGAGAGCAUAAAAAAAAAAUCACUUGUGUGCAUGAAUUAUUAUUGAUUCAAUAGCCCGACUGUGCAAACUGCUUAUAUCUCUGCCUCCAUGACAAUGUUUUUGUAAAAUAUGUGGUAAAUUACAUUCAUACAUACAUUUGCCGAAAUUAUGGCUAAGUAUGAUGCAGUAAAACAUGACACUGGGGUAAGUAUAGUUGCAAUGUUAUUUCAUACCACAGUAGUGAUGUGAGCCAAGUAAUUUUACCCACUCUAUCCUUCACAGUAUGAAACAGCAAAUCACAAAUCAGGCCCUGUGAGCCACACAACACUUCAUGAAAGCUAAUGUAAGGCUGGUGGUUCUCCAACAGCUGACUUACAUAUCAGUCUCGAAGUCUACAAAAUCAGUCUGAUUAAAUUCAGACAUCGGCACAAACCUUAAGGAGAAAGGAAGCACUGCAGGAGAAAGGCACAAUAAAAGCAACACCUGUAGAGAACGAUGCAACCCAGUACAACAGCCCAGCAUCAAAUCUGCAGUGCUGUUGUACUGGACUGAUUCAAAUUGUGAUGGGUGUGGAGUACAGGUGUUACGUGUUGUUUUAAUGCUCCUGUAUCUUGAACCUAUAAUGGUAUGAAAAGCAAAAGGAAAUCAGUUGUAAAAGAAGACAGUUAUAUACUGUAUAUUAGAAUAAAUGCCUAUUUUUCAGCAGUUGUACUGUAUGUAUGUGGAAACAAGUAUAAUACACUUUGGUUGACUCAGUAGCUUUGAGUUUGACUCUCCUGCUACUAGUAGUUAUCUGUCAAACCAAACCAAACUGGAAUGUUAGAGUUGUAUUUGUGUCAAUCUUGAGCAUGUAAUGGGACAUUUUGAGCACAGAAAAGGAUUUUAUGCAAGCACAUGAAUGACAUUUUUGUACAGAAAUAAUCCCUCAAUCUAUUCUGUACUCAUUAGUGUUUAAUAUGCACAAAGAUGCACAAUAACCUGACACUGAGCACGUGCCCAAGGCUUUGAGUGUGCAUACAGCAGGAAAUGUGAGGACAAAUGUGCGCUUUUAACUUUUAUUUAUAAUCGAGCACAGAACAGACUACUUUGCUCAAAUGUUCUAUGCGUACUAAUCAUUUCUAAUUUUCUGUGCUUAAAAUGACACAAACAUAUUGCCAAAGUAUGUCUUUGCAUGCAACCACAAAAGAAUGUUUUCUAUUACUGUUUUCUAGAACUUGUAUAAAGUUGUUCAAAACGGA